GGUAGGUAAGUACCGUUCGACGGGCUACGUCUGACGCCAGUCACGCCAGAACCUUCGCCGUGUCAGGUGUGCGAGCACCUUCCUGACGAAUUCUUCGCCACAGUCCGUUCCGCGAGAUCACACACGCACGAAGGCGAAGCUCGUGGAUUUUUCGUUUCGGAACUUUAAAAAAAAGAAACGAAACGAUGUGGCUGUCGAAGACGUCGUUUCUACUGAUGCUAGUCGGAUUGGCGUGUUCUGAAAAAGAUAGCGAGAGCGACGCGUCCAGCGUUUUCAUCGAGGAGGCCAAAAAUCUCUUCAGCCAGGAAUCGAUCGAGAACAUGGCCCACGCUUUCGCACACUCUGAUGCUGGCAAACAAGUCGGCGACGUGUUCGAUCGAAGAUCUUCGGCGGAUGGUGUCAGCCAAAUCAUCUCCGGGAUCAGCAAUCUGAUCACAGGUGAUCAAAAUAAUAAUCAGGGUUUCGAUAUAUCGAUGAUGGGCUCGAUUCUGAGCGCUCUGAGUACGAGCGACAACGUCGGCAAGAGAUCGGCACGUGACAUAGAACACAAGGAUGACCAAAGCGUCGACUGGGGCAACGUAAUCAAAAUGAGCAGCGUGUUCCUCCAACAAACUGCCAACAACGACAUGGUGAUGGGCCUCGUGCCAAUGCUUCUAGACGCUCUCGGUCACGACACCAACGACAACGAUGCCGGAAAUAAGGAUCACUCGGGACAUUCGUGGUUCUUGCCGCCUAUAUUGGAAAAUAUUCACAUCAUGUGGGAUCAUUUCAGUAAUUCGGAACUCGGACAGACGUUGUGGAAGAACAGCGGUCUGGCGAACGUGGUCGCUCAAAUGUCCGACGAGAACGGAAACAUUCUCUGGGAAAAGAUUCUGGACAGCUUUGAGGAUCCAACUGUGCGACGAAGAUGGAUCAAGUCGCUGACGAAUUUCGUGGCCGAAUGGAUUUCACACGUUUCCGAUCCGAUGAAUCAGCAACGGUAUCUGACGACCGCGCAAUUUGUCGGCAACAGUUUUUUGAAGUCUCAAGGAUUUCCGAAGACAAUGAUGUUCGACGCAGCUAGGCCAACGGAGAGUCUUACCAAACUGACGAACGCGAUGGCGAAGAAGUAUCUAAACAUGAAGAUUGACAGCUCGCAAUACGUGAGACCGGCGGUAGCGUAUUUCCAGGAGUUGGCGAGCUUGGCGUCGGAAAAAGGAUUUAUCAUGUCUCGAGUGAACGCGCGAGAGCUGAGCAACAGAUUAAACUAUGUCAUCAACAACGAUAUUAUCGCGCCCAUUCUCAAGUCCUAUCGAGCGUACAAGUGGGCGACAAAAGUGCCGCACUGUGCUAGUCAAAUCUUGUGUACCAUAAAUGAGAAGAGUCAGCUGACGGACGACAGUAACGAGUCGCGUGUGCGCGCCGCAUUGCUCAGGGUGGCAAGUUUCCCCGCUGCUUGGGCAGUCAGUAAUAAGUUAGGAAUUAAUUUCUGGUCGCUCUACGGAGCCAUUAUGGAGAACGAGAGAUGCAUCAGCAAAUAUCCAGCAGACUGCACGGCCUUCCACGAAGAGGAGAUCAGAGUGACUACGGAAAAUAUUCACAACGAACUUUGAGUUUAAAGCUCGUUACCGACCUCAGGAACAACGUUAAAACCGUCUGAUGCAGACGAGAAAAACGUACUGUGUCCGAAAAAUCGUGUUCUAAUCUAAUCUUUACUUUCUUAUAAUUUAUUUUAAGAAAUUAAAAUGCGCGUCCAGGAAAGUUACGAUUUUAGUUACGGUAUGUGAUUAGAUUACACAAAGGCGACUAUAGAUUAUCAGGAGAAGUGUCUGUUCACUUGUUUUGUAUAUAGGACAUACACAAAAGACACUUUAUAGCCGUAUUAUACGUAUUAAGUUUUAACAAAGACUUCAAAAAACAACAUGUUUAUUUUAUAGAGUUUUUUGAUGUGUAGUCUAGAUGGUUUUUCAACUCUCUAGACUUUCAUAUUGUUUGUAUGUACAAUACCGUAAAAUAUUAAAAAAAACAACUACGCACGAGUAACUCGUUUAAAAAAAAAAACAAAAAACAAACAAACUGCGUUGGGUCAAAACAUAAUUUUUUUUAAUUUUUAAGUAAAAUUUAAGAUUAAAUUUUUUAAAUCAUUCUCGGACGCAAAAUAUACUACUUACGCAAUGAAUUGAACGUGCAUUUCCGCACUUUGUGCGGAACUGAAAUCGCAAUUGCAAUUCAGCAAUAGAAAUGACAUACGGAUUUUAUUGUAAUGACCCGUAAUUAAAUUUAAACGUUGUUGAACUUGCGGUUUUAUUGGAAAUGCAAUUUUCUUACAUCACAAACGCAUCAUCGCGCAUGUACAUACAUAUAAUCGGAGUUUCGAUGCUGGAUCUCUCUUAGCUUUCAGACAAUCCCACACGGACUAAUUGAAUCACGGGCCAAAUUCGAUGUAAUUACUUACGUAAUAUUAUUGGUUAAGAUCAAAGAGGAAGUGCAGUGUUAUAUGAACGCUCCGUACAACACGCAUUACGCUUAAAUGCGAACGUAAUAAUAUAAUAAAAAAAGAAAAAACGUGGUGCUCAAGAGUCUCUACCUUAAUUUUUAAGUAUAAAUAUUUUAUUGAUAAUUGUAUCUACGAAUACAAUAUAGUGUCUCUGUCCUCUUUGUUUUUAUCUCUCUCUAUUAUUAUAUAUUUCUCACUAAAUAUAUAUAUACAUAUAUAUAUACAUAUAUAUAUAUAUAUAUAUAUACAUAUAUAUAUAAUAUAAAUCUAUAAAAAUUUUCUAACCCUAUCUAUAUAGUUAAAACAACAAGAAGGCACGUUUCCUGUGCAAUGUUAUAAAUAAAUAUUCGCUCGCUCUCUGUUACGGACCGCGACUCUUUUUUUCCGCGUGAAAAAAAAAAAAAAUAGAAUUUCCCGAGUCCGACUGAUGAUCGAGCGAAGAACUCGUUUGUUUGAGAAUACAGGACGGAAGUUCGACAAUUGGAUAUGUUCGGUACGACGAUGGCUUCACGUAAAAAGCCUGGACCGCUGGGCUAUCGCACCGAAUCCAUAAAUUGCGAUAGAGUGUGUCCUCAGCGUAGCUUUUUUGUAAAUAUUAGAUAAAAGAAAAAGUAAAAUAAAAAUCAUGUGUGUGAAAUGAACAACACAAA